AAUUAGACUAAAAUCGACAUUAGCAAACAUUAUCCAUCACCGAGUGAAAUCGGUGUAUCGGUGGUUCAGCCAUUAUUUCAUCCAUCUUUCACCACCACCGCGUUGUGUACCAUACCAAAACAUUGAUUGAUGUCUUCGUCUUCUUCUUUUUCUCCCGCUAACGAUGCUGUUAUGCGCAACCGCAUCCUCUCUACCAACCUCUACUUCGAUAUCCCUCCGUUCAAAGUUCCGCUUAUCUACUCCAAUUCUUACGAUGUAUCCUUUCUCGGCAUAGAGAAACUGCAUCCUUUUGAUUCGUCCAAAUGGGGACGAAUUUGUCGCUUCCUUGUUUCUUUUGGUGUUCUGGAUAAAAAGUGUAUUGUUGAGCCUCUUGAAGCUUCUAAAGAUGACCUUCUAGUGGUACACUCAGAAUCAUACUUGAAUAGUUUGAAGGAAAGUUCGAAUGUUGCCAAGAUAAUUGAGGUCCCUCCUGUGGCAUUUUUUCCCAAUUGUCUUGUGCAACAUAAAGUUCUUUUCCCAUUUAGGAAACAGGUUGGAGGAACUAUAUUGGCUGCAAAACUUGCAAAGGAGAGAGGAUGGGCCAUUAAUGUGGGAGGUGGUUUUCAUCACUGCUCUGCAGAAAAAGGAGGUGGAUUUUGUGCCUACGCAGAUAUUUCUCUAUGCAUCCACUUUGCUUUUGUUCAGUUGAAUAUAUCAAGGGUGAUGAUUAUUGAUCUUGAUGCACAUCAAGGAAAUGGUCAUGAAAUGGACUUCGCCGAUGAUAGCCGAGUCUAUAUUCUGGAUAUGUAUAACCCUGGAAUUUAUCCUUUGGAUUAUGAAGCAAGAAAUUACAUAAAUCAGAAAGUUGAAGUAAAGAGCGGGACCCGUACAGAAGAGUACCUGCAGAAACUAGAUGAAGCACUCGAGGUUGCUGGGCGAAGGUUUAACCCUGAAUUGUUAGUUUAUAAUGCUGGAACUGACAUUCUAGAAGGUGACCCAUUAGGAAGGUUGAAGAUUAGUCCCGACGGAAUUGCUCUUAGAGAUGAGAAAGUUUUUCGGUUUGCUCGUGAGAAGAACAUUCCUAUUGUCAUGCUCACUUCAGGUGGAUACAUGAAGUCCAGUGCUAGAGUCAUUGCAGAUUCAAUAGUCAAUCUCGAGAAGAAAUGCUUGAUAGAAACGAGAGGAAAUCCAAAGACUGCAUAACAGUGAUCCUGCACUUCCACGUUGUGAGAUUUACUGAACCGGAAAAAUGGUCCAUAUUAUGAGUUUCCAGAUCUUUAAGUUUCUGUGUCAGAAUGUUUGCAUAUCAGUGAAAACUUCAAUGUAUAGUGUUUAUAUAUUUUAGAUGUAUGAAUUGUAACAUGUCUGUAAAUGCGAGUAUAUUAUAAUAUGCAUAAAUGAGUGGUACUACAUGGGCAAUGUCA